AAUUGCCUUAAACGACGUCGUCUCUAUGCCAUAUUAAGUUCUUGCCAUUCAUAGAGAGGAACUCCCUCUUCGUCUUCCUCUUGGAUGCAUCCUUUAUUGGAUUAUAGUUACAGAGAAACACUGGGGAGAGGCAGUCAUGGGCUUCUUGGCCGCCAGUCUCAGAAAGUCUUCUCGACUCUGUCGUCCUCCUUUUUCAAUACCUCUCUGUUUUUCUUUAUCAAACCAGCUUUUCUUACUACCCUACUCAUCCCCUAUUGGAACACACCUUCAUCGCUUUAUUUGCUCCGAUGCUGACCCUGAAACCCUAAUCCCACCGCCCCAAUCCCCAAAUCCUAAAACCCCUACCCCUCUACAAAUGCAAUUCGAAUCGUGGAUCCACAUGCUCAAACCCGGUUUCUCACCCUCCGAUGUCGACGAGGCUUUGCGAGCUCAAUCGGACCCCGAUCUUGCCCUCGACAUUUUUCGGUGGACAGGUCAACAGCGCGGCUACAGGCACAACCAUGUCACCUAUCUCACUAUGAUAAAAAUUGCUGUCUCCGGUAAGCGCUUCAGGCAUGCCGAAACCCUAAUUGAGGAAGUCAUUGCCGGUGCGUGCUCUGUCAGUGUGCCCCUCUACAAUUCUAUUAUUCGAUUUUGUUGCGGUCGUAAAUUUCUUUUUAAUCGUGCGUUCGAUGUUUACAAGAAAAUGUUGAAUUCCGAGGAUUGUAAGCCCUCUUUGGAAACCUACACAUUGUUGUUGAAUGCCCUUCUUAGGAAAUUCAACAAAUUGACUGUAUGCUAUGUUUAUUUGCAUGCUGUCCGUUCAUUAACCAAACAAAUGAAGGUGUCAGGCGUAAUACCAGAUACAUUUGCUUUGAAUAUGAUUAUUAAAGCAUACUCAAAGUGUCUUGAAGUUGAUGAAGCAAUUAGGGUUUUUCGUGAAAUGGGUUUGUAUGGUUGCGAGCCAAAUGCCUAUACUUAUGGCUAUAUUGCCAAUGGGUUGUGUGAAAAGGGGAGGGUGAGUCAGGGUUUGGGGUUUUAUAGGGAAAUGAGGAGUAAAGAUUUGGUGCCUAGUAGUAGUACCUACAUGAUUCUGAUUUGCAGUCUUUCAAUGGAGAGGAGAUUUGAAGAAGCUACGAAGAUUUUGUUUGAUAUGUUGGGUAAUUCUAUGGCUCCUGAUUUGUUAACUUAUAAAACUCUCUUAGAAGGAUUGUGCAGGGAAGGAAAGUGCAAUGAUGCUUUUGAACUUCUUGAAGAAUUGAGGAAGAAGGAUGCUUGGAUGGGAGAGAAGACUUACAAGACCUUGGUGAAAGGGUUGCAUUUUUUGAGUCAGGAGUAGAUGUAUUACACUUCAUUCUUCCGCUCACUUUUGUAUGUUGAGUGGUUAAGAAAGGAAAAAGGACAUUGCCCCUCCCCUCGGAGCCCUAAGCAGUCUGCCUGUGAGAUUAUAUAAGGGUUGUUUGAUUGAUUGUACAGCUUCACCUUCUCUGAAAUCACUGGGGAAUUGGAGCAAUGGGGGAUGCCAGGAAAAGGUAUCCAUCACUUCCAUCCAACUAUAUCUCAAUCAUUCAACUGAAGGAGCGCUGGAUGAGAGAACAAGAGCAACAGAAGAAAAAGGAGCAAGAACAAAAGGGGGACUUACAUAAACCUGGAGAAGAGAAAGAGGGGAUCCAAAACACAACUGCUUCUAGAUUUACGGCUCCGCCUCAGUUCCGCCCAAAACGGAACAAAUAUCAUUGGGUGGUCAAGGUAAGCUCCCAGAAGCCAGAAGGUUCAGAAGUCCAAAAGGGUCACAGAGAGAUCAAGGUGAGUGCUCAGAAGCAGGAGUUGAAGAUCAAGGAAGACCUUAGGAGGGUCGAGGCAUGGAAGAAGCCAAGGGCAGAGGAGGAACUGGCUGGAGGUACAGUCCAGCAAGUAUCGAGAAAUGGAAAUGACGAGAAAUUUCCAGGUAGGGUGAAUCAGAUGGCUGGGAUGUACCAGAGAAUGGAGAAACUCUCAAUGAAGCCUGAGAAAGUAGGAGGAUCAACAUCCACUGAUGUGAGUGGUCAUCGGUGGAAUCCAGCAUUUUCUCGAAGGUUCAGUCGCCAGAAGGCAACUGAUGCUGGCCUCGUUUGGGUCAGAAAAGGAGACAGCUCAGGUGGUUCUGGCAGCCAGAGUUAAAGUUAUUUGAAUGGCUAUUGCAUUUUCUGUCCUUCUGUAAACCUUAAGCAUCUGCUUAACCUUAUGAAUGUCAUAUGAUUGUGAAAUACUCUGGGUUUAAUUUUACUUUCUGCAUUUCUGUGCUCCUGCAA